AUGGACGUUCAAUCUCUCGUCGUCGACAAUGGAAGUGGUAUGUGCAAGGCUGGUUUCGCUGGUGAAGAUGCUCCUCGUUGUGUCUUUCCUUCUCUCAUUGGUAGACCCAAACAAAGAUCCAUCAUGGUUGGUAUGGGCAACAAAGAUGCCUAUGUGGGUGACGAAGCAAUGAGUAAGAAAGGUAUUCUUGCUUUGAAAUAUCCCAUCGAGCAUGGUAUCGUUACGAAUUGGGAUGAUAUGGAAAAGAUUUGGCAUCAUACGUUCUACAAUGAAUUGAGAGCUGCUCCUGAGGAACAUCCAGUCUUGUUGACCGAGGCUCCAUUGAAUCCAAAGGCCAAUCGUGAAAAGAUGACUCAAAUCAUGUUCGAUACAUUCUCUGUGCCAGCCAUGUAUGUCGCCAUUCAAGCUGUCUUGUCCUUGUAUGCAUCAGGUCGUACCACUGGUAUUGUUUUGGACUCUGGUGACGGCGUCUCUCACACUGUUCCAAUCUAUGAAGGUUAUGCUUUGCCACAUGCCAUUUUAAGAUUGGAUUUGGCAGGUAGAGAUUUGACAGAUUAUUUGCAAAAGAUUCUCAUGGAACGUGGCUACUCUUUCCACACAAGUGCUGAGAGAGAAAUUGUGAGGGAUAUUAAGGAAAAGUUGUGCUAUGUUGCAUUGGAUUUCGAAGCUGAAAUGAAGAAGGCAUCCGAUUCUUCAAGCAUUGACAAGUCCUAUGAAUUGCCAGAUGGUAAUAUCAUUACCGUUGGAAAUGAAAGAUUUAGAUGUCCUGAAGUCUUGUUCCAACCAAAUUUCAUUGGAAUGGAAUCUGCAGGUGUGUAUGAAACUACUUUCAACUCGAUUGGUAAAUGUGAUAUUGAUAUCAGAAAGGAUUUGUAUGCCAAUGUGGUCUUGUCUGGUGGUACUACCAUGUUUGAUGGAAUGGCUGACCGAAUGACCAAGGAAUUGACUGCCAUGGCUCCUUCCUCCAUGAGAAUUAAGGUUGUGGCUCCACCUGAAAGAAAGUACUCGGUCUGGAUUGGUGGCUCUAUUUUGGCCUCUUUGACGACCUUCCAAUCCAUGUGGAUUACAAAGGAAGAAUAUGAAGAUGCUGGUCCAGGAAUUGUUCAUAGAAAGUGCUUCUAA